AUGUCGCCCAAGAUGGACGAAAAGGCAGAGGCAUUCGUUUCCAGUAUCAACGAUGAAACCGUUGAUAUCCAUGGCAUUGGUGUUGACGUCUGCAAAGAUGUCCCCCUCCGUCUUAUUUCCCCAGCUAUGAUACACCGGCUCCAUAAAGCUAUCGCUGCGGAUAUCUUCCAUUCGGUGGAAAUUCAGAAACGCGAGGCAGGAGAGUGUUUUAGUGCCAUGAUUGAACGAAUCGCCAGUAGCAACCUACUUCAUCAUUCAAAACUUGAGGAUUGCGAAGCCAUGGACUUCAUUCGACAGAGUUUACUCAAAGUUAUGAGACUGAAUACGAAUACUGGGAAGAUUGUCUGCCCGCCAGCACAUGUCAUGGGCUGUCUAAUCGCAGCAAUCGCCUAUCGAAACCUUGAGCCUUCCAAUGAAGAAUUCUUUCAAAAGAAUGAAGAUUUGGUCAAAGUGUUCGGUGAGCUCAACGGAAUUCAAUGGCUAUCAGUUGCUAUUCAAGUAUUCGCCGAGGUCGGCCCGCGUGUAUUCCUUAUCGAACUGGACGAAGCCUGCCAGAAGCCUGUAGCGAAACUUCAAAAUCUGGAUGGUAAUCUUUGUUGGGUAGUCACAACCAGAAUGCCCCAGGUGAACAGAUUUGAGGAUAUUCUUCGCCAAGUGCUUGGCUCGACGCACCAGUCGCCUAGCCCAGUAUAUCCAAAACUUGAGCCGCAUGAUAGGCCUCUUCUCUCUGUUGAGCCUGACGACACCCCGAACAGCCCUAUCGCUCCAAGCGAAGACGAUGAGUUGGAGAACACUGCCAUCACAUUACGCGACUACAGUCUACAGAUGAAGACUCUCGGAAAGAGACUAGCAACUCCCAACCGAGCCAUUGUCAAACGACGCAGACGAGAAAUUCUUAAGAGUCCGGAUCAGCCACAUGCCAAACACCAACAUGUCGAUGUUGAAGAACUGCUGAGAUCCAACCUCGAGGAAAACAUCAAACACGCUGUGAAGGAGGCUAUCGCCGACGUGAGACAAACACAAGAGCACUUCGACACCUACAGCCGUUACAAGGAUCUUUGGAUGAUCUGCGUUCAGCACCAGACCGGGGUGCCAGAAAGUCUUCGUGACCUUGUCAAACAUCACUGCACACCUAGUCAGGUUUUUCACCUAACGGAGCUUGAAAAAGAACAUCUUGCUGAGGAGGAAAUAGAGGUUGAAGUUUGA